AUGUUGUCUCGAGAACAGUUGCAAGAUUUGAAUGAAUCGUUUCCAACAGUCAGUGAAUCUGGUUCGGGAUUUUUGCCACGUAGCGAUGUGCAAACCGCAUUGAAAGUACUUGGUAUCGAUGUUCCGGGAUAUAAGGUUUGUUUUUGUUUUUGCUGAAGAGUGUGUUAACAUUGACAAAUAUAAAAAAAUGGGAAGCAAACACUUGAUUAUUUUGUGUAUUAUCUAUUUGUUGUUUUUUGUUAGAUGCGCGAAUUGCUCGACACACAUUUUGGAAAUGAUGGACAAAUUGAUGUGAGCAAGUUUGAGAAAUUAUUUGAGGAAUUGGAUGCGCAAAGGAAUCAAGAAGCUAAUAGAUGGAAAUCGCAAACUAAGUAUGUUGUUUUGAAAAGGAAUUAUUUGAGAAAAAUGUGGAGAGAAGAAAACUUUUGGAGAUUUUGGGCCCUUGAAAAGUGUUCAAAUUUUGAAACAAUAAAUUUGUAAUUUCAAAUUUACGAAAAAUUUAAGAUCGAAAAAAUUAGACAAAUUUUUAAAAUGAAAACCCUGCGACGAAGACUUGGACCUUCAAAAUACCGAAAUUCAGCUUCAAUUUUUUUUUAAUGAAAAUUAAAAAAAUCUAAUUCCCAUUUUAAUUCAAACGUGAUCCAACAAAUAAAAAAAAAUCAUUUCUCAUCAUUUUUUAGACAAGUCAGUGGAGCAUACCAAGUGCAAAGUGAAAAACAAGACAAUGCACAUCACACAAUUCGACACGAAGAAGAAGUUGCUUUUUCGAAUUGGAUCAAUAGCAAUUUAUCAGAUGAUGCUGAUUUGAAACGAUUACUUCCAGUCAAUCUUCAAGGUGGAGAACUUUAUACAAAAGUACAGGAUGGUCUUAUUAUCUGGUUGGUUUUUCCCUUUUUGUCGAAAUGAUUUUCAAAAAUGUGUUUUUUUUUCAGUAAAUUGAUCAAUUUGGCAGUUCCUGGAACAAUCGACGAGAGAGCUAUCAAUAAAAAGAAUUUGAAUACUUAUACGAAAUUGGAAAAUUUAACAUUGGCUCUUUGUUCGGCGCAAGCGAUUGGAUGUAAUAUUAUCAAUAUUGAUAAUAUUGAUUUGAGCAAAGGAACUAUGCAUUUGGUUUUGGGAUUAUUGUGGCAGAUUAUUAGAGUGAGUGAAAAAACAAUGAAAAAAUGAGAAAAUUCUCUUUUUUUUUGAAUAUUGAAAAAAAAAAUCAAACUUUAACGAAUAAUCCUGAAAAUCUGGAAAUUUCCAAUAUCCUCUUCAUUUUUUCAGAUUGGAUUGUUCAAUCAAAUUGAUCUUCAACAUUGUCCUGGACUUUUCCGACUUCUUCGCGACGGCGAAACUCUUGAUGAUCUUCGAAGAUUGUCUCCAGAAGAAAUUCUUAUGCGAUGGGUCAAUUAUCAUUUGGAUCGAGCUGGAACUCAACGACGCCUUCACAACUUCACUUCUGAUAUUGUUGACUCGGAAAUCUACACAUAUUUACUCAAUCAAAUUGCGCCAGUUGGAAGUGGUGUCACUUUGGCGCCAUUAAAUGUUCAGGGAAAUAUUCCAAGAGCUGGUGCAAUGUUGGGAGAAGCUGAGAAAUUGGAUUGUCGUGAAUUUGUGACAGCAAAUGAUGUGGCUGCUGGAAAUUAUAAAUUGAACUUGGCGUUUGUUGCCAAUCUUUUCAAUAAACAUCCAAUGUUGCCUGAUCCAGCGGCUGAUGAAAUUGUCGAAGAUGUUGUGCAAGAGACUCGUGAAGAGAAGACUUAUCGAAAUUGGAUGAAUUCGAUGGGAGUUGAUCCAUUUGUUAAUUGGUUGUAUGGAGAUUUGCAAAAUGGUGUUGUUAUCUUCCAGGUAAAUUUUGUGGGGGGUUUUGGAUCUUUUUUCAAAUUUUCUUUGGAAUUUUUUGAAUUAGGCAAGAUUUUUAAGUAUAACUAAAUUUUAUGAGUGUUAAAAUUUGCCUGAAAUAUUUUAUCUGGAAAUCAUCAAUAAGUACAGAUUCCCAAACUCAAAAAUUGUUCAGUUAUCUCAAUUCUCCUUUUCCAGCUCUAUGACAUUAUCCGACCUGGAAUGGUCACCUGGAAACGAGUUGUUCGAACUUUCCACAAACUUCGCGGAAUGAUGGAUCAAAUUCAAAAUUGCAAUUAUGCUGUCGAAUUAGGAAAACAAUUGCGAUUCUCAUUGGUCGGAAUUCAAGGAAAAGAUAUUUAUGAUGGAAAUCAAACAUUGACACUUGCUUUGGUUUGGCAAUUAAUGAGAGCUUACACUUUAUCCGUUUUGGCUCAAUGCACACAAAGUGGUGAUUCUCUUCCAGCUGAUAAAGAUAUUGUUGCGUGGGUCAAUCAAAAAUUGGCGAGUUCCGGUAAAAGCACAUCAAUUCGAUCAUUCCAAGAUUCGGCAAUUUCUGAUGGUAAAGUUGUUUUGGAUUUGAUUGAUGCUAUUAAACCAAAUGUUAUUGAUCAUUCAUUGGUAAGUUGUUUUUAUGGAAAAUGAAGAUUUUAUAAAUAUGGGAUAAAUUUUUAGAUCAAGGCCGGUUCAAGUAACGAUGAUAAAAUGUCAAAUGCGAAAUAUGCUAUCACUUGUGGAAGAAAAAUUGGAGCAAAAAUCUAUGCUCUCCCUGAAGAUAUUGUUGAGGUAAGCUUUGGUUUCAUAAAUUAUUUCUCAAAUGCUUUUACUCUCAAAAGAAAUUUUUAAAACGAUCCAAUUUUGCAGGUGAAACCAAAAAUGGUUCUGACAGUUUUCGCGUGUUUGAUGGCUCGUGAUUAUUUACCCGAUAUGAAAGAAGUAUCAGCUCCAGUACAACCAAUGAUGAAUGGAAAUUAG